AUGCAAGAUUUUCACCAAGAAUACGACUUCCUCGCAACGAAAAAGCAGUGGAAGGAUCAGUUAGUCAGAUGGGCCUUCCGGAAGAGACUAAACAAGGAGGAUAGUGCACGAAUCUGCCACCUCUAUCGUCAAGGUGCUCAGCAAGGCAGAGACAGGACCGUCUACUUCAAUAGAGAACCGAAAACCCUUGAAGAUAUUCGAGCAUACAUCAGGAAAUCGCCCUUAGUAGCCACCGAGGAAGAUCUACUGCAGUAUCUCGACGUCGACAACAGAUCUCCGUACAUCACCUGGCUGGACACCGAUCCGGACCCGGCCACAUCACCUGGCCACUUGCUGAGUGUUCCUGCCGCAGACCAGCCAUCGGAAAUUGCUGCUUCCCAUGAGCAGUUCCGUGUGGACUGGACGGCUCGGGACCACUCGCCGUUUGACGAUCAACUCGCUCGUGAGGUGCACCUUGAAGCUAUACCGCAGGCGCCAGCAGUAACCAGCGCUCGAAGACCCGAAUCAGGCAUCGAAAACAUCAUGUCCCAGUCUCUCCUUGUCGCCAACAAACUAUCGGACGCUCGACGUAACAGAAAGUUCACCCCCUCUCUCUCCACACCACUGGCGGUGUCUGCUCGGCCUUAUCCAGAUCUUCUGUGGCAGGCCAUGGACAUGAUGGCCUGGCUGCAGGUAUCCUUCAACGUCGUCCUACUGGCUCUCGACUACUUUGACCAGAUUUCCCUCUCGGAGAGGAUAGCCAGCGGCUACGUCUUCUGGGCCCGCGUCAUCAUUUCCCUCAAGCUCGCCCACACUCUCCUCGAGGACCAUCCGUUCACGUCUCACUUCUGGAGUCGGGUCCUCGACAAACACGGCAUCUCCUCCAGCACAGGUUUCAGGCUCGAACGCGAGAUUCUCGCCAAUCCCGACUUCCACCCUCUCCCAGCACAAGCAGACUGGGAGCUCAUGUCGUACGAGGCUCGAGGCGCGACGAGGGCUUAUCUACACACCAUCAGCAGCGCCUUGCAGACCGACAACCCCGCCGGCGUCGCUGGUGGUGACGCGGUGGUCCAACCCAACCCGCCAGACACCAAACAAAAACCAGAAAGCGCGACAGUGUGGGACGCACACAAGGACGUGAUCCGUUCCCUCUACCUCGAUCAGAACUGCACGCUCCGGCAGAUCAUGGACACGAUGCAGAAGCAGCGCGGCUUCACCGCCAGCGAACGCGCCUACCGGCAAAAGCUACAUGAAUGGGGCAUCAGAAAGAACGGGCCCAGCUUUCCCGGCACCGGCAUCCUACAACAGAAUGGCGGGUCUCGCUUGCCGCCGCCGCCGCCGCCGCCGCCGCCGCCGUCGUGGCCAUUCUCGAGCACACCGCAGCGUGACCUACUUGCACUCACCACGGGCCAGAGCGACGAUGGUGCUGGUGCUGGUGCUGGUGCUGGUGCUCCGAGAACCUGA